AUGGAGCCCUGCUCUGUCCGAUUGUCAAAAAACCGCCCAUGCACCGACCGUCUCAUUGAAGCCAAAAUUGCUCGUGUCGUGAUGGGUGUACGUGAACCUCCUAAUCUCGUGAAUUGCACGGGAGUGUCGUUGUUAGAACAACAUGGUAUCAAGGUGGAAAUUGUUCCAAAUGUGGAAGAAGCAUGUUUGGCACCAAACAGGCAUAUUGUGCCAUCGUCAUAA